UGGGUGGUGUAGUUGGAUGUGUUUAGGUUUUGUGGGAGAUUGGGUAGGGGUUCGAAUCCUUUUGGGUGCAAGCAUUCUUAUUUUUAGUGGAAAUAUUUUUUUUGAUCAAAAAUUGACCUUAGCCUUCUCAGAAAAUUUUUUUCUGAUUUUUACUAGUGUUAUUCACGGUACGGUAUUACCGCGGUAUUUUUCGGUAAUACCGCGGUAUUUUUACCGAAAUACCGAAACCGAUACCGAACAAUUUUUUAAAAAUCGGUAUUUUUUCGGUAUCGGUAUUUUACCGAAAUAUCGGUAUUUGCGGUAUCGGUAUUUUACCGAAAAUACCGAUACCGAUACCGAAAAAACGCGUUUGAAUAACACUAAUUUUUACCAUCUAUGGUUCCCUGACAUUUGGUUUAUAAUUUUAAUUCUCUAUGGUUCCCAGACUGGAACUGGUGAGGAAUUAGCUGGACGUUUAGCAAAAGAUUUUGGACGUUUUGGCAAAAAGCCUUUAUUAAUUGACCCUGAAGAAAUCGAAGCAGAAGAUUUACCAAAAAUUACAGAAGAAUUUGAAGACCCAAUUCUUUUACUUUUUGUUGCGACAUAUGGAGAGGGUGACCCUACUGACAAUGCCCAAGCUUUGCACGAAUAUUUUACAAAUAAUGAACCAGACUUGACAAAACUUAAAUAUUCUGUUUUUGGACUUGGAAAUAAAACAUAUGAACAUUACAAUGCUGUAGGCAAAUUUUUUGAUAAAAGAUUGGAAGAACUUGGGGCUGAAAGAAUUUGUGAACUUGGAUUGGCUGAUGAUGAUGGAAAUUUGGAAGAGGAUUUUAUGCGGUGGAGGGAACAUUUCCUCUCAACUGUGUCUUCUCGUUUUGGAUGGGAUUUGGUAAAUAAUGGAAGUUUGGAUCGUCAAUACAAACUUGAAAUAAUAACUGAACAAAAUGGACCUAUCUUUAAAGGAGAAUUUGGGCGUAUUGGAGCUUUUGAAAAACAGCGACCGCCUUUUGACCAAAAAAAUCCAUUCCUUUCAAAAAUCUCUGUUAAUCGCGAAUUACACACAAAUCAAAGUGAAAGGUCUUGUCGACAUGUAGAAUUCGAUAUUGACUCAGCUAAAGUUCGUUAUGAUGCUGGUGACCAUGUUGCUGUUUUUCCAACAAAUGAGCCUGAAUUGGUUGAAAAAUUGGGAGAAUUACUUGAUGUUAAUUUGGAUACAAUAUUUAAAUUAAUUAAUCUUGAUGAGGAAAGCACCAAAAAACAUCCAUUUCCUUGUCCAUGUACUUAUCGAACAGCGUUAACUCAUUAUGUUGAUAUUAAUUCACCUGUUAAAUCUCACGUUUUAAAAGCAUUGGCCGAUUUUUGUGAAAAUAAUGAGACUAAAGAACGUUUAUUGUUGUUGAGUACAGCUAGUGAGGAAGGAUUGGCCUUAUAUGCCGAUUAUAUUGUCAAAGAGCGCCGUAGUAUAGUUGACAUUUUGGCUACUUUUACUGACUGUAAACCUCCAUUAGAUUUAUUAUUGGAAAUGUUACCACGUUUACAAGCUCGUUAUUAUUCAAUUUCGUCCUCACCAAAAUCAACAAAUUUAAAAAUUGCAAUCACCGCCCUUUUAAUUAGACACCAAAUUGAUGAAAAAAGAGUAUUCAAAGGAGUUUGUACAAAUUAUUUGUACAAAUUGUCUGAAGGACAUUCUGUCCCAAUUUUCAUAAGAAAAUCAACUUUGAGACUUCCAAAUAAAUUGUUAACCCCGGUUGUGAUGAUUGGACCUGGAACUGGUUUUGCACCUUUUAGAGGGUUUUUGCAUGAAAGAUUGUGGCAAAAGAAGUCUGGGGGAAAAGAUAUUGGAGAAAUGCAUUUAUAUUUUGGUUGUAGACAUCCGGAACAUGACCAUAUUUAUAAAGAGGAAAUGGAGGAAUUUAUCACUUCUGGUGUUUUAACAGAAUUACAUGUUGCCUAUUCACGUUUACAAGACGAAAAAGUUUAUGUUCAAAACAAACUUUGGGAUAACCGUGAACGUAUUUGGUCUCUUAUAAAACAAGGGGCAGCUGUUUAUGUUUGUGGAGAUGCUCGUAAUAUGGCUAGAGAUGUUCAAAAUACAAUGUAUAAAAUUUUUGAACAAGUUGGGGGGCUUGAAAUUGAGGAAAGUCAAAAAUUAAUGAAGGAUAUGGAACGUCAACGGUUAUAUCAAGCAGAUGUUUGGAGUUAA